AUGGAACUUCAAUUCCGUCUUCGUCAGCUAUUCUUCUUCUUUUUUCUACUGACAGUUCUUGAACAAUCUUAUUCUGCUCGGAUUCUUACGAUCUCGAAGCCAGACAGGCAUGAUGUUGCCGCAAGUGCUCGUUGGCUUGUCUCUCAGAACAUUUGGGGUGUCCUCAGCACACUGUCCAUUGAGCAUCAAGGAGCACCUUUCGGGAAUGUUGUAUCAUUUAGUGAUGGUUUGCCCGGGAAAGGCAGCGGUAUACCAUACUUUUACUUGACAAGUCUUGAUCCAACCACAAGAAACGCAUUAAAAGAUGCAAGAGCUUCAUUCGCAGUUAGUGAAUCUCCCAUUGGGACUUGUAAGAGAGAUCCAAUGGAUCCCACUUGCUCUAAACUAACCCUCACCGGAAAGUUGGUGCCACUGGAUGAAGGAUCUGAGGAAGAAGAAGUAGCCAAGAAAGCUUUAUUCACAAAGCAUCCAGAGAUGAUGGAUUGGCCAAAGGGUCAUGAUUUCCGCGUCUUCAAGCUCGAGAUCAUCGAUAUAUUUCUGAUAAAUUGGUAUGGAGGAGCUAAGUCUAUCACGGUAGAUGAAUACCUUCGUUCCAAGUCGAUCAAAGUCUCUUCCUUUAAUCUCAUAUCGGAGUUGAGCAAACGGUGA